AUGGCGCCCGGUGAUGCCACCCUGCCCGCUACGCGGCGCACGCGCAGAUCAAUCGGUGCGCAUACAGAUGUUAAUAAAGCUUUUGGAAAAGAUAAUGCGAUAACCGACAUCACGAGUUCGUUGGCUGCAAAUCGCAAAAAGUCGAGGAGCAAGAGUUUGGGUCCUGGUGGCCUAGAUGCACUUAUGAAAGCCAACGGCAACAGGCGCGCUUCCAUUGCUGCCCCUACGAAAGCCCCGCGUUCAAUUCUUAAACCAACAAUGCCAAUUCCCGAGAUACCCCCCUUAAAGCCAAGACAGUCGAACUUUCAUGCUUCCAGAGAGCCGACACAAGAGUUUUCGACCCCUACUCUUAGCGGAUCCAAGAUUGCUAUCAAGACAGAAGAAGAACAGCAAGCCGCAGCACGAGAGCGUGAGGAGCGGGAACGUCGUGAUGCUCGUCGCAAAUCGCUUGCCAACCGCCGAGUAUCUUUCGCUGCCGAGGCAACUCUACACACCUUCCACGAAGUUGAAUUCAAUCAAGAUUCAACAACGUCGACCGAUUCGACAAGACGAAACUCGGCCGCAGCACAGCAAAGGGAACGGGAAGAAGAAGAUAAGAAAACCCGACGAAGCUCCGGUCCUCCUCAAAUCGACUUUCACGAAUCUGAUGACGACACUGCGACAAUACUCUAUAGUUCAGAUUCCGAGCCUGCAGAUGCGGUCGAAGAGGUUGCUGAUGUUGAGGAGGAUGGCGAUGAUGACAGCAGCGAGUCUGACGACGGAACGAUGAUGACAAUCGACGAUGUCACUGGAACAACAGCUGCCUCGGAUCGGUCAGUCGAUUCUGAUGAAGGAGAGUCAUCUACAUUAGAUGAAGUGCUCAGGCUGGCUGCGCGAAGAGCUGGUAACCAACGACUCAAGGAUGACGAAGACGAGGACGAUUUCGAUGAGGACGAAGAAUUCAUUCCCUCGUUUGGGUGGGGCAAAGAUGCAAAUAAGCAAAACAUCGCUGCCAAGGACCAAGAAAAUCUGCCACCUCCGUCUCGCCCUCAACCGAAACAAAGCAUCCAGGAUGCCACAGAAACAAACAUGAGCAUGGACAUGGACAUGGACAUGACACGUGCAGUCGGCGGAAUACUCAAGCCCCAACCAACUCAACAAUAUGACACAGACGAAGACAUGUCUAUGGAUGUUACUCGUGUGAUGGGGGGCAUUCUUCAACGUCAGUCGCAAGAGCACAACCCAGACGAGGACAUGUCGAUGGAUGUCACACGCGCAUUUGGCGGUAUUGUCAACCAGCCUCAAAACGCGAGCGCCCCUGUUAAUGACGAAGAAGAUGAAGAUGAUGCCCCAAUGGAAGAAGCCACUAUGGAGUUUACAACUGCAAUUGGCGGUAUCCAACGUCCAGCGCCAAUUGAAGAAGAAGAGGACGAUUCGGACGGUAACGAGAACAUGUCAAUGGAGCUUACUACUGUUAUUGGUGGGGUCCUGGCGAAAAACAAGAGAAACAGCAUCGCUGCUUCUCGAAGGAGCACAGUCCCCCAACCUGACGAUGAGAACGACGAUGAGGCCCCAAUGGAUAUGACACUUGCGGUCGGCCAAAUACUUUCAAAACCGGAUGUUGAUGAUCCAGAAGACAUCGAGGACGAAGAAGGCGAUGCUACCAUGGGGAUGGACAUGACUGCCGCCAUCGGGAGCAUUCUCAAUAAAGUGACAGGUGGCUCACGAGAUCUGGGCAAGCGAGUUAUGGAAGAGGAAGCUGAUAGCGCAGCCAACCCAGACGAAGCAAUUGAGGCCGCUAUAAGCAAAGGUGCUGUCAGCGAUUAUCUUCAACCCCCUGCUGCAAGCGAGAAACAAACCACAACUCCAAGUCCUCGGCCCUCAAGAUCCUCAGCAAGUGCUUUGCGAAGUGCCGCCAACCCAAAGAUCCCAACCCCACAACGCCCCUCUAGGAGCUCUAGGACGCCCUCACCUGUGAAGACAACACCAACACUACAGUCAGCCAAAGUUAGGACGCCGGCAUCCGCCAAACCAGCCACGCCACAGCUCGACUCAGUUGUAUCAGAACGGAUGGCUACUCCUCGCUCCAGACAGCGUAACUCUCUUUCUGCGUCUCCAAAACGACCUUCAUCUGCCAGAGCUGCCAGAGCCGACUCUAGGACGCCAUCGCCUGUCAAGCCCACCCCCAAGAAAAGCCUCUUCCAAGAUAACUUUAGAAAUGGUAGCCGAACUCCGACGGUCACAUUGACACCUCAACGGCAAUUCUCAGGACUCGGUGCAGACCGACCUGGACUUGGGUCACCUCAAGUCACUGCGCUGUUUGACCGCCGGGGCUCGAUUGGCGACAUGGCCACCAACUUUGUGCCUGGAAAGCGCGGUGUUAUGUUUGAAGACCCCAAAGAGAUGACGCAGGAUAUGGACCGCGAAGCUCGGGAAGAAGAGGAAAAUGAAAACCGCAGGAGGAUUCUUGAACGGGAAGCUGACGGCGUCGAAGCCACGCUUAACUUGCGGGAGAUGAUCGACAGCUUGAGCCCUAAACGUAAGCCGCUUAAAGGCCGCAAGAGUCUUCAUGUCGGGAGUGCCAAGGGCCUUCUGGGCAAGAGACCGAAUGAGCUUGAUGACGAGGAGGAGGCCGAAGAAAAUUAUGGCGUAAAGAGACUCAAAGGACACCAAGGGAGCCCCGUAAAGAACAUCAGGCUCCAGCAGCCACCCUCUAAAGAAGAAACUACCGGGAGGCCGAAUCUUUCAUUUCGAAAAAGCCUGCUACCAAAUACCGCCACACCGACGCUGUCCUCACCAGCAAAAUCUGACGCAGCAACAACGCCAAGGCACCAGGGAAGGUUCAAGGAUGUUGCAGACGAUCGACCUGGCCAUCAGGUCAAUUUCGAUGAGACGCCUGUAAAGGGUACUGAGCAAAUGGAGGACGAAGUCGAAGCAGAGGUUGAAGCAGAUGGAGAGAGGAUUCAUCUCCAGGAUUUCCUGAACAUGACCUCUAUCCGCUUCAUGGAACUGACGACCACAAAGCGUCGUCACACGCAAGCACCCGGAACCCUCGAAGAUGGGUUUCUCGACGAAGGUAAAGAGAAUCUUUCGCUUGAGCGAUGCGUUGUCGCUGGUGCAUGCACAGUGCCAAUGCUCGAACUAUAUCAGCACUCUUGUCGUGAGUUGAAGAAGUAUAUCUCCGAGGGUCGCAGGAUUGUCAAAGAGAUCGAAACCGACACUUUUGAGGAUAACCCUCAGUUAUUCAAGGAGUAUAUGGCGGCCACACCCGACGUCAAGACUUUGAUGGACAAACAAUUCAUGAACGUCAAGAAUCACGCUCGUCUUCUGAGCAAGGCUAUGUGGUACGAAUGGCGAAUGAAGCUACAAGAGGGCCUGAAGCAAGGUCUUGUGGGUAUUGACGAAGGCAUGGAAGCCGAUAAUGAGCUUCUGGAUAAGCAGAAAAGUCUCCUUGACUCUAUUCUGCCUGCCAUCGUGGAGCGCCACAAGUCGCUCGUGGAAGAGAGUGAUAAUCUUGAAGAGGUUGCUCGAGAGCUUGCCGACUGUGAUCCUGCCGACCUAGAAGCUGCCCGCGGCGAACUGGCUUCUCUUGACCAAGAUGUCGAGUAUAAGAAGAAGCGAAUCGCAGAGCUGAGGGAGCAAUUCCAAGCUUCGGAAGUUGAGGUUGAAGACUUGGUCGUUCAGAAGCAGAAUUGCAUCGACGAUAUCGCAGAGUCUGAAAGGAUCCGAGAAGAGUGCCGUGGCUGGACGAGCAAGGAGGUUAACAGCCUCAAAGCUCGAGUUGAUGCCAUCGAGAAGCAACAUGGCUGGACAGUGACAGGCAUCUCUGGUACCGUUUUGUCUAUGUCAUACAAGCGUGAGAUUGAAAUUGUUUUCGAUAUCACAGCGUUCCAAAAGCACCGAUCCAAUUCAACAAUUGAUCUCUGGUAUGUCGCCGUCAACCGGGAACAAAACCCACUCCCAAAGACUGCGGAGAAGGAGUUCUUUCUGCAAACGAUUCGCGACUACGCUCGUGCGCUUCCGCAUAACCGCACUGAGGUUUCUCAUCUUUUGAGGAGUGUCCAGGCUGCCUGGGAUAAGGCGAACUUCGUUUCGUCGCAAAUCGAACGACUUAAUGCCACAUUUCCCACUACAGUACAAAGGACUUCCGACUCAAGUAUAUCGAUUACAACAUCCCUGUUACUUGUGCCGUUGGAGAGUCGUGUGGAAGUGAAGUUGAACCUCCACACUCAGACAGAUGGGCACAGCCUUGAGAUGACUCUUAAACCUGAGGCCAAGGUAGUGUAUGGGGAGCACUUCAAUGUCCCCAAGGUGGGCGAUUUCCUUGCAACACGAAUCGGCAAGGCUAUUGGAGCUGGCGAAGAACAGUGGGGUGGUGUGAUGGUAGAGUUACAGGGGCGAUUAAUUGCGAGGGGCCGCAAGGCCUAG